CUUUCAUGUUGUUGAUGCCAAAUUCUGACCCUACCAUCCGAAUGUCGCAGCAGAAAUCGAGGCUCAUCAGACCAGGCAACGUUUUUCCAAUCUUCUAUUGUCCAAUUUCGAUGAGCUUGUGCAAAUUGUAGCCUCAGUUUCCUGUUCUUAGCUGAAAGGAGUGGCACCCGGCGUGGUCUUCUGCUGCUGUAGCCCAUCUGCCUCAAAGUUCGACGUACUGUGCGUUCAGAGAUGCUCUUCUGCCUACCUUGGUUGUAACGGGUGGUUAUUUGAGUCACUGUUGCCUUUCUAUCAACUCGAACCAGUCUGGCCAUUCUCCUCUGACCUCUGGCAUCAACAAGGCAUUUCUGCCCACAGAACUGCCGCUCACUGGAUAUUUUUUCUUUUUCGGACCAUUCUCUGUAAACCCUAGAGAUGGUUGUGCGUGAAAAUCCCAGUAGAUCAGCAGUUUCUGAAAUACUCAGACCAGCCCUUCUGGCACCAACAACCAUGCCACGUUCAAAGUCACUCAAAUCACCUUUCUUCCCCAUACUGAUGCUCGGUUUGAACUGCAGGAGAUUGUCUUGACCAUGUCUACAUGCCUAAAUGCACUAAGUUGCCGCCAUGUGAUUGGCUGAUUAGAAAUUAAGUGUUAACGAGCAGUUGGACAGGUAUACCUAAUAUAUAUAUAUAUAUAUAUAUAUAUAUAUAUAAAAAUAUAAAGAUAAACAAAGCUAAACAGCUGUUAUGUGCAUUUGGUGACUGAGUUUCAUUACAUUCAAUUGCUGAACAGUAUAUUAAAUCCCUCUGUCAUCACCAUAGACUGCAUAAAGAAUGGACAGAGUCUGCCUCCUCGCUGGGUGAAGCCACUCCGAGAACAGCACCCUCUGAUGGUGGGCUGCAGUAUAGGUCAUAAAUCCCGCCUCCGCCAGCAAAGCUUAUGGGGCUGUGGACAAACUUUAGAAAUUUAUUACACAGAACAUACAUUUUUCUCCCCCCUGCUUGUGAUGUUGACAUGUAGUUACUGUAAGACUGGUUUUUGCUUUUUUUUCUGAACAGCUCCGUUUUUAAAAGUUAUUAGGGGGUUCAUGUUUUCUAUGAUUGACACCUGGUACAGCCUAUGGGCGUUCAGGGAUUGCGUAGCUCACCCGGGGGGAUACGCUGUUUGAGCCAAGCGUCAUCACAGGGACUCUCGGCGACUGCGCAGCCGAAUGCGCGUAUCGCUACUGCGCAGCUCUGGUUUCAAGGAAGUGGAGAAAAACCCGGAAUUACCGAGAGCCUUUUGGCUUCAAAUCCGUAUACAGGCGGAAGGCGGAACCAGGUUGUCCAUAGUAUAUACAGUUUGUGGUCGUCACUGCUCCAACCUCUGAUCUUACCCAAUAAUUGUGUUGUUUACGUGUAUGUGUGUGUCUGUGUGUCUUUGUGCAGUCACGUGCCUUUCUGGCUGAGUACUUCCGGGAGAGCAACAUGGAGCUUCUGCGCCUGCUAAAUCGGUUGGGCCAACCAUUGCCGUCCUGGCUCCGCCAAGAACUCCAAAGUACAAGCUGGAGCUGAGGUCAACUGCUUACACUCACACACACACACUCACACUCACAGGUAGACAGAUCAUGACACCACAGAGAAGCCUGGACUGAAGUCUGUGGGUGAGCCGGCUCAUGGCUAUGAAUUUUACUGAACUACCUGAUCUGUUUACUAACAGCAGGAAACACUAAAGAAGCUACAAGGUUUUAACUGAAGGAACUUCUGCAACAUAACCUCACAACAUGAGAUCUUUGUCAAAGGAACUGAUGGAGAUCAUGAACUCCCACUCAGCCCCAGACAUCAGUGUGAGACACAGGGACCUGGAGGACUGGGUGACCAACAGGUUUGAGGUGUGAAGGACAGGUAACGAAGUCCUAAUUCAAGGAGAGGAACUGUCUGGAUGAGACCGUGUGGACAUCAAGUGUAGUGGCAAAGACAGGACUGACAUUCGCUAGUACACACAUACAGACAGGUCUCAUCUCCCUACAAGACUGACAGCAAAGAAGUCCAUUCAGGGAGGAAGUUGUACAUAUUAGUUUAAAGGAAGGGUGGGAAACCAGAUGGCCAGCAGACUGAAGCAGACAGACAGUCCAUGUCCUGGUUUUGUCCUCACUGUUCUCCGGUCUGUUUACAGCAGUGAUAGACAUUUUAAGUGAGUCUAACUGAUGUGAUGAGAAUAUGAUGUAAAUAUCAUGUUGACAACAUUUGACUAAAGCCUGGGCACGGUCCAAGCUGGGCCCAAAACUAACAUCCUGUCAGAGAGGAGCUGAAGUCCAGUCUGUUCAUUCACUGAGGUUCCGUGGUUUCUGAGGAUGAGAGCCUGUAUUCCACUGUACCUAACUUCACAUUUUACAUUGCUUAUAUAUUUGCGUUUAAACUACAUAGUAUAGUUUUUUGAGAUGAUGCCAUCCAGUUUUUGUUAGAUGGAGUCAACCACAUAGCAUCUUGCUGUUGGACUAAGGUCUCUCAUUUCAGUCAGUAGAGUCAUCUGGAGGUGUGGAGCUGCAAACCAAUUUCAGGAGACGAGAUUGACAAAACAAAAUCUAAACAUGGAAGGCUCUAGCCUGACUGCUGUGGUCAAUAUUCUCAAGAGACAUAUGUAUUCGUAAGAAGGACCAUUUUUAUUGAUUGAAAAUGGUCUUUAUCAAACAUAUAUAAUAAAAUAUGCUAUUUAUAAGAAUGGAAACAUCAAAUUUAAGAGCAAUCAUUUUUGAAAUAUUUCAGAUUCAACAUUUGAUAUGUUGUCCUUGCAGUAUUUCCCCCCCUUUCUUUAGUAAAGCUGUUUUUAUACAGUUUGUAAACCAUCAGACUCUAAUUUAACUUACAUUUUACACAUUGUCCCAGCUCUCUGGAGCUGUCAUCAAUCAAAGUCUUUUAGAUAGAUAUACUUUAUACUUUUUGACUUCAUAGUAGCGAUGAAUUGAUUUUACCUUCACCCUAACCUGAUGUGAUGACAAUGAGGGACAGCCCUGGACCAGGUGAGCCGAUGUGCGAGACUGUGAAAGAGACACCACCACCACAGAGGAGGAAAAAAAAGAGAGAUGAUCACAUCAUGCCACUCACCUCAGAAAACACUCAAUGCUGAACUCGCUCCACCCCCAACACACACACACACACACACAGGUCUUUAUCUUUUGACAACAGAGGACACCGGAGCCAGUGAAGAGAUGAUCUAAAGCUGCUGUCUGGUUUUGUUGGUUUUGUAUAAAUGUCAAAAGGCCAACACUGUAUCAUCUCUAAUAAAAGCAUAGAGAGGUUGGAAAUAAAGACUGCUGAAUCCUU